UGUGUGUUGCUGCCGGACGCUGGCUGCCAUGGGGCUGCGGCGUGUUGCAGCGGCGGUGUUGGUUCUGGCGGUGUUGGCUCUGGGCGGCUGGUGCGCGUUGGCGGGGCCGCGGGGUGAGCAGCUCCUCCCGCUGGUGUUGUGUACCUGGCCGUACCAGGCAGCUGCCGAGCAAGCCUGGAAGACAGUUAAUUCUGAUGGGUCGGCACUGGAUGCAGUGGAGAACGGGUGCAGUCUGUGUGAGAGGGAACAGUGUCGUGGCACAGUGGGCUUUGGAGGAAGCCCGGAUGAGAGUGGGGAGACCACGUUGGAUGCCAUGAUAAUGAAUGGUGACACGAUGGAGGUUGGGGGAGUCGGGGACCUGCGGAGGAUUAAAAGUGCGAUCAGUGUGGCUCGAGCAGUAAUGGAGCACAGCACUCACACGUUGCUGGUGGGACAGUCAGCUUCAAUUUUUGCUCAAAAUAUGGGGUUCCCCAGCGAAGGUUUGACAACAAAUGUGUCUUUGUCCGAGCACUUACAGUGGCUGAACCAGAAGUGCCAGCCCAACUUCAGGAAGCAUGUCUCCCCGCCUGCUGAAACCUCAUGUGGACCCUACAAACCAGUGAAGGAGCUCGGAACACAAAAACCAAGAAACACUUCAGCGCGCAGCCAAUUUCUCAGCCAUGACACCAUCGGUAUGAUUACGAUUCAUAGCAAUGGAUCGAUUGCUGCAGGGACCUCUACUAAUGGACUACGCCACAAAAUCCCAGGCCGUGUAGGGGAUUCCCCGAUCGCUGGAGCGGGUGCCUACGCCGACAGCACAGCUGGAGCAGCAGCUGCGACCGGGAAUGGAGACAUCAUGAUGCGAUUCCUCCCAAGCUACCAGGCAGUUGAAUACAUGAGAAUAGGAAUAGACCCAACUUUGGCGUGCCAGAAAGCUAUUGGAAGGAUCCAAAAGUAUCACCCAAACUUUUUUGGGGCUCUAAUCUGUGCGAACAAGACUGGGCAUUAUGGGGUUGCAUGCAGUAAAUCUCCAAAUUUGACUCAGUUUCAUUUUAUGAUUUUCAAUCCUUCAACAGCUUCAGAAAAGAUAGUCGAUUGCAUUUAAACUUGUUGCCAUCCAUCCGUCAUUUUCUAAAGACCUCAUCAGCUUGUGAAAUUCAAACUGUCUUAUGAACCGAAGUGAUAAUUAAAAGAGUUAUUCUGUUAAUUUUCAGAGUUGUGCUUUAUGUACAAGCAGGUUAAACUAUUAAGAUUUCAGAAACAUUUACUGGGCUAGUUGCCAGUACCGCAGGCUAUACACUAUAUACAUGAAGCAAAGUGGUCUCAUGUUUCUAGAGUCAUACAACAGAGACAUAGGCCCUUCAGUCCUGCUCAUCAAAGCUGAACAAGAUAUCUCAACUAAGUUAGUCCCAUUUGACCACAUAUGGCCCAUAUCUUUCUAUUCCUUUCCU